GGAAAAACCUCAGGAGAGCGCGAGCACGAGAGAGAGCGAGAGGGAGAAAGAGGGCGCGUGCCGUGUGCUGUUUUUUAAAUUAAUAAAAAUGCAAAUUAUUAGUCAGAUUGUUUCUGUUGUAGUAUUGGCUUUGACAGUCAAUGCAACAGUUUUCUUUCAAGAGCAGUUUCUGGAUGGAGAUGCCUGGAAAAGUCGGUGGGUGAAUUCAGAGCACAAAUCUGACUAUGGGCAGUUUAAACUGACCGCUGGGAACUUUUAUGGAGAUGCUGAGAAAGACAAGGGUCUGCAGACCAGUCAGGAUGCCCGCUUCUAUGCCACCUCUGCCCGCUUUGAGCCCUUUAGCAAUGAGGGCAAAUCUCUGGUGAUCCAGUUCACCGUCAAACACGAGCAGAAGAUUGACUGUGGCGGCGGAUAUGUUAAAGUUUUCCCCGCAGAUCUCAACCAGGCUGAAAUGCAUGGCGACUCUCAGUAUUACGUCAUGUUCGGGCCUGAUAUCUGUGGCUACAGCACAAAGAAGGUUCACGUCAUCUUCAACUACAAAGGCAAGAAUCACCUCAUCAAGAAAGAGAUCAAAUGCAAGGAUGAUGAGCUGACUCACUUGUACACAUUGAUUCUGAAUCCGGAUCAGACGUAUGAGGUGAAGAUCGAUAAUGAGAAGGUGGAGUCCGGCUCUCUGGAGGAGGACUGGGACUUUCUGCCCGCAAAGAAGAUCAAAGACCCCAACGCCAAGAAACCUGAGGACUGGGAUGACCGUGCCAAGAUCGACGACGAGACCGACACCAAACCAGAGGACUGGGAUAAGCCUGAGAAUAUUCCUGAUCCUGAUGCGAUGAAGCCAGAAGACUGGGAUGAAGACAUGGAUGGCGAGUGGGAGCCUCCCAUGAUUCCAAACCCAGAGUACAAGGGAGAGUGGAAACCCAAACAGAUUGAUAACCCAAGCUACAAGGGAGUGUGGGUGCAUCCUGAAAUUGACAACCCUGAGUAUGCCCCAGAUGACGAGAUCUACAAAUUCGACAACAUCGGAGUCAUUGGCUUGGAUCUCUGGCAGGUGAAGUCUGGGACUAUUUUUGACAACUUCAUCAUCACAGAUGACGUGAAGGCAGCAGAAGAUUUUGGAAAUGAAACGUGGGGUGCUACAAAGGGUCCCGAGAAAAAGAUGAAGGACGAACAGGAUGAGAAGAAACGGGAGGAGGAAGAGGAGAGAAACAAGGAGCAGAGCACCAAAGCUGAUGAUGAAGAGGAAGGAGAUGAGCCACCAGUGGAGGAAGACGACGAGGAAGCCCUUCCCAAAGAUGAACUCUAAAGCAGAAAUAAACAACCGUCAACAUUCUGCGUUUGCCAGGGAAACGGCUGCAGUGCAUUCAUUCUAGGUGUGACACCCUUUGGGGAGGGACACCCCCCCCCCAGUGGUGAUGUCAUAAAGGGGCAGUUGUAAGCUGUUAGGGAGAGUGACUGCCUCAGUCACCAUUUACUUGCAUUGUAUGGAAAAGUGACGCUGAGACGAACAAGUUCUUUUUCCAUGCAAUGAAAGUAAACUUUCUAAAGAACAUUUUCAUUUUUGGUUGAACUAUUCCUUUUAAAGAGACAGCUUUGUUUGUUUGUUUGUUUGUAAAGAAUUGUCUUUCUCUCUAUGGUGCCGGAAGUCAUAAUAAUGAACCCUAAUUAAAUGAUUGAUGGUCAUAUUAUUGUGCCUUUCACAUUUGUAAAUGGAUACAUUUGAAAGGGAGAACAUUGAUUAUGCAUCAUCAUCACUCUUUGUUUAUCAUGGUGUUGGUCUAAUUAGUCUGGAAUUGUAUGUAAACAAUGUUACCAGUCUGGCUAUUAAACAAUUCAUCUCCACAUUAAGAACGUGACGAACGCAGAGUGCAAUGAAACACAAUUAUUGAAUGAUAACGUUGCCGUUUUAUCAAUAAGAGAUUAAUCGGGUCACAGGCUGGUUUCCAAUCAAGAAUGUUUGUACUGAGCGCAAAUUUAAUGUACAAUUACAUUAUGUUCCUUUGGCACUGAUUUUUUUUGUUGUUGUUUGUUUUAGUUUUGUUUUUGUCUGCUACCAUAUAUUUGUUGUGGUUGUUAUGAAUCACCUAAACAUGACAUUCAAUAAGAUUCCUUUUACGCUUUAUUUAUUGCAAUAGAAAUUUAAUUAUUUUUUACCUUACUAUCUUGAUGGUUACAAUUCUGAAGUCCAAGUUGUGGUGUAAAUUUCUUCUUGUUUAUUUUUAAUGCAAUCGAAACGUUUUGUUAUAAUAAGUAAAUGAGCUAUAAUAAGGGAAGUGGUAACAUAUUUUCAGAGAUUAAGACUGUAGUACAACAAACUAGUCGUCUACACACUGUGAAUUUAAAAGUCCCGAAUGUUCAAAUCGGAGUAGUAUUGAAAAUCCUGUUUAGUGACAUUUUACGUGUCCAGAGUUGUAAUUAAUGCCAAAGUUUUAAUAAAUAACUUCAUUGUAAACUCA